AUGGCUGCGGUUGACCUCGGCCGAUACCGUCGCAUCGUCCAGAUGUUUUGGGAUCCCCAACCUACCAACGACCAUCAGAGUGACCUUCCAGUUUGGUGCUUGGGUCGCUCCUACAAGCUGAACACCAAGGCUACUAAAGAUAAGGAUACAGACAAUCGAAGCCAAACCCCUCCGUCGACCGAGUCUACCGAAACCAAGCCAAAAGCCUCACAGGCGUUAGCGACAGCCUCGGCCUCGGCCAAGGCCCCGGAAACCCCCCCGGAUUCUGUGUCCAGUAGCUUUUCGUCUUCGCUUGCUUACGAUGAGGAUUACCUGGAGCAGGACGGUGGCUGGCCUUCAGCGUUUCUCGACGACUUUGAAUCCAAGUUUUGGAUGACGUACCGAUCAGAGUUCCAGGCCAUUGCAAAAUCUACAGAUCCACGAGCCUCGUCUGCGUUAUCUUUCUCGAUGCGUAUCAAAAGUCAACUGGUGGAUCAGAACGGCUUCUCGUCUGACAGUGGCUGGGGAUGCAUGAUCCGGUCAGGUCAGAGCUUACUCGCAAAUGCAAUGGCAGUUAUCAACCUAGGGCGCGCCUUGGCCAAUGCCCAAGAACACCAGCCUCUCCGAGUGUACUCCACUGGAGACGGACCUGAUGUCUACGAGGAGAGCUUCAUGAAGAUUGCCAAACCCGAAGGUUCUCAGUUCCACCCGACACUCAUAUUGGUUGGUACGAGGCUCGGGAUUGACAAGAUUACCCCGGUCUACUGGGAGGCUCUCAUAGCCGCACUACAAAUGCCACAGUCAGUGGGCAUUGCAGGUGAAGCAGAUGUUGAUACCGCCCAUACUCGACGCUUACGUCGGCUCCAUGUUCGGGAGCUGGACCCCAGCAUGCUCAUUGGUUUCUUGAUACAGGACGAGGACGACUGGAUCGAGUGGAGGCGUAACGUGAAGCACGUCCAAGGAAAAGCCGUGAUCCAUGUUGCUGACUACGACCCUGUGUCCGGAGGCGGUGGAGGGGAAAGGAAUAGCGCCAUUGAUGAAGUGGAAACGAUUAGUGAUGACGACGGUGACACCAUCUUGGACGCUUGA